AUGAGUGCCAACACUGACCAACAAAAACCCGUUCAUGGGAACUAUCAUUCAGGGAAAUCUGUACUUGAUAUCGGGUGCAACGAAGGAUGGGUAAGCUGCGAAAUAGCUCAACAACGUGGCGCAUCUCGAGUCCUCGGUGUGGACAUUGACGAAACACUUAUCAAUGCCGCGAGAAGACAUUUGCGUUUAGCAUGGAGUUUGCAGGCACCUUCAUCCACUGGCAGCAGUGACCGAAGCCCAAAUCCUCCAAUAGAGUCGCCUCCCAAGAAACGGCGGAGGAAACAUCGGGAUGCGGAUGUUGUACCGGCCGACGCGUCACGUCCUCGCUCUGCUCUCCCUCCAUUACUGACACCAGAGGAUGCGCAUUACUUCCCUACUUCCAUGCAAGUUAUGUUUGGCAAUAUCCCUUUUCCAUCAACCCCUUCCGAGGCUCGCCCGUCGACGUUUCCCCACAACAUCACGUUUGAGAUGGCGGAUUGGGUAGCAGAAGUUCAACAGUCUACGGAUGAGAAGUAUGAUGUUGUACUAGCUCUCUCAAUCACUAAAUGGAUUCACCUAAAUCACGGCGACGAGGGUCUCUUAUCAUUCUUUACCAAAAUAUUCAAUUCACUUCAUGCUGGGCGCGGGCGAAAUUGUUACGCUAAAGCUCGGAAGAUGGAUAAGCGCCUCAGAGAGAAUGCUCAACGACUCAAACUGCGACCCGAGAAUUUUGAGGAUGAGUUGGUAAAGAUUGGGUUUCGAAGACCAGUACAGCUUGGCACUGUCGGCGAAGGAGGACUCCGAAGAAGGGUAGAUGUUUAUGAAAAGCCAUGA